AGGUUCUUCCACCUCCCUGGUAAGGAGUUCCAGGCUCAAACACCUUUCUGCUUGGUAAAAAAAGUGUUGGAACGGCGAGAACUCUCUUUAUCUUUAGCAGUUGUGCUUCCAUAAAGAUAAUCUCAAUUACACCCUGUAUAUUGCCGUAAAAGACGCUGAAUUUUUGUUCCUCGCCUUUCCUGUUUUGCGCAAAAAAAAGCGAUGGUUUCCAUUGUAGGAAACUCUUCGUCUCCUUCCGCAGCUUCCCGUAUCUCGGCUAUGGUAAUGUAUUUGAUUUUUGUGGUGGUGCAAGGGUUUUCCCCUGUCGUUUUGAGCAGGCUUGGAGAUGGGAGCAGGGACCGUGGACCUCGCCAACGCAAAAGAUUGGAACGACAGUAUCUCAAAACAAAAGAUUCGACGCAUCAGCCUUUCGCUUUCCUCGCGAACGCCGCUCGGAAAGCAGGGAAAGUACCUGCCAGAUCGUAUACGGAGAAAUUCGCGACUGACACAGUUCUUAACGCGCGUCCUCGUGCCGAAGCUAAAACGCCGAACAAGAGUCGUGCGACAGAUCAUGGUCAUCAACGGGUUCCGCCAAAGCUGUCAGCAGCGCGAGAAGUAGUUAUCAAGGAAAAGAACGAAUUUUUGAAUUUUCAUCUGGAAAGGUCGGAAUCCUCACGACGCAGUUUUAUUGAACAAAAAGGACGAGCAGGCCGAGCAUAUGACCUUGACCGGGCGAAAAAUUUUAAUCGUUACUCCGCAGACAGCACGAAUUUCCUACAGAAAAGCCACCACACUAUUGGUGAAAACGAAAACCUGGAGGAGAAGUUAACUCGUCGCGCUGCCUCCACCAACGGGCUACCAAGUCCCGAAAAUCCCGCAGAACUUCCGCCGGUGCCCGCAGCUUAUCGAAACUACAGCCCCCCAAAAGCAAAGCCCUGGCUGCGUCACGACGACGCGCUUUUCCACGGCGUUCCCCGUGACUCCGACCUGCGCUGGAUGCCCACGUUCGACCUGCCCGACCCCUGCAAGUACGGGGCGGACAAAUUUCGGUACUUCAGCAACAACGGAGAACCCCGGUUGGAGGCCGGUGUGAUCAUCCAUGGGGAGUCGGAGAAAACGAACGAGGACAAAAGGCCCGACUGGUACUACGACAUCAACCCGGAGCGGGACCCCUACCUCUACGGCUUCAAGACCAAGAAGCGAAUCCCCGAAGAUUUCAUCGACGCCUACUCCGCGCCGGUUUGCUUUGGCGGCUACGGCCCGCCGUACGAAACCGUGACCGGGAAGUUCACGAUUCCCGAGUCGCUCGGCGACGUGUCGCAAAUCACGCUACGCUACCGCAGCGGGGGGUUCGAGUUCAUCUGCCGCAAAAACGAGGAGAUGCAGGACGAGGACGACGACUACUACCACUGCGACACGCCAGACAUGUGGGCGGGCGGAUCAGCCAUCACUACUUCUAGUAGUAACGAGUUCGCCAACAUUAAAAACAGCACCACCAUCCCGUCUGGUGUUUUCCUGCUGGACGAAGACGACAACGCUGUCGCGCCUUUCGCCGCCUCGAAACAAGCAAUGCAGGACUACAGUGUUCGACACGCGGGAACUACUGCAACGGCGGAUACGGACCCUACAAAAUACCGCGCGGCCAGCCAACUCGCGACCGUGCCCGGGGAAGCGACGGAAUUCGGCCACGCGAUGGCGGCGGUGGAGCAGAAUGAACUCCAGCGUGUGCGUUCCAUGAUCAUGGUACCAGACGAGGGGGACGAGGACCACUCUCACGACUCCGAGGACGAGGGUCCCUUCGGGUCGGACUUGCACUUUAUUCGAGAAAGGAAUUUCUCCCCCGAAAAUGCGACCGUGUUCCAGAAGGGUAAAACGUACCGGAUCAUGACCGGCCACCACUGGCUUGGCCGGCACGGCGAGAAGAACUGGAGGAACGUCGGGCUGACGUGCGUGUCCGUGAUUGCGUGCAGGAAGCUCGAUGUACACCAGGUGUUCAGCCCCACCACCACCACCACCACGACCACGCGGACCUUCGGCUGCGACGACUUCGCGGACUGCGUGGCGAAGCGGGACCGGCUAGAAAGGUACGCGAGUGCCAUUUGCCGCAUCGUCGAAACCUCCAGCGGCCAAACCGUGCACACUUCCAAUCCGUGCGACCACAUGAAGGACCCGAAGAACGGCCGUGCGUUUUACUUUCCCGACGAGUGCUGGGACGAUUUUUUUCCCGCAGACGGCCGCAUUUGCGACGGCACCUGCCACGUGCGGUGGAGCAAUGUGACAGAGGUGUUUGCUUCGGCCGAGCUUGCACCUGGGGAGGAGGACAUCUCGUUGUUGCGCUAUGUCAAGGAGCCGAAGAUUGAUGAGCUGCUGAAUUCGCUCGAGGACCUCUGUUUCAGGCACGGGAGCAAAUUGUUGGGAGGUAUGUCGUCCUUCUGGCGUAAUUUCUACAUGAAGUAUAUGGGCGGGUCGUCAAAUUGGUCGGAGGAACAGGUCAACGCUAUCACAGUGUGAACAAGAAGUACCCUGAAGUUGUCCCCAGAAUUUAGAAGAUGCGCUUGUUUCUGUGUAUUAUGAGUAUGUAUGUAGUGGCCGUCCUAAAAAUGCAGAUUUGCAUUUCUUUGCACUGGCGCUUUCUUUUCGUUUUCAUUUAGCUUUAUGAAGGAGAAACGACCGGUUUUACUCAUGCGGCGCAGUGCAGACUUCGACUUGUUGAGCGCGACCGCGAGCGCGCAUCAUCCCCAUCUUCUUACUUUCUAGGGUUCUUCCUUCGGGUCUACUACUUUCAAGGCUUGAUAAUCGCCGUGGAACACGCCUGCAGGGACAGUAACCUGGUUCCGGGAAUGAAUUUUGAGGACGAGGCAUCACCGGCUCCCCCGGUCGCAACGACGACAACUACCACGACGUCCAAGGCCUCGAUCACCUGCGCCCCGGGCUCCCGUCCGGAGGGGGGUGUGUGUCAGGAAAACACGUGCGUUUGCGAGCACGGUCAGGAGAAACGUGGCCUCGGGUGCGCGCCGACCGACGACACGGUCGGGUGUGUGGCGGGGGCCUGCAAAGACGGCUUUUCGAACGCGCCGGACUGGACCGAAAACUGCGUGCCCAAGGUCUGCGGCUGUGCGCACGGGUCUGGUGCGCGGGAACAGGACUGCCCGGAGAGCUAUGUGAUGAAGUGCGUGGCACCGUGCAACAACGGCUACCACUUGGACGAGAACGACAUGUGUGCGCUCAACCUCUGCAGGUGCGACAACGGAACGCCGACGGGAGGCAUUGGAUGCGCCGCAGACGGAUCCACGGUCGGAUGCAAGGUCGCUAGCUGCAGGUCGGGGUAUCACAACACGGACGCCGACGGGCGGGAGUGUACCGCCAACACGUGCAAGUGCGACUUCGGCGAGCCCUUGACGGACCCUUCGAAGUGCGAGAGCCACGAAAUCACACCGGGGUGCGCCGCGGGGAUGUGCGACCCGGGAUACCACACCGAGUCGGACGAUCGGUGCAUAGAAAACAAGUGUACCUGUGUGAAUGGCGAUGGGGCGACCGGCAUUGAUUGUCUCGUCCACGAAACGCAGAAAUGCGCAUCAUGCGCAGCCGGCGAUGGUUAUUACCUCAAUAGUGACGCAGGCGCAGCAACCUGUGACAUCAAAGUAUGCACCUGCUCGAACGGAGAGGGAGCGACUGGAAUUGAGUGCCCCGAGCACAACGCGCCGAAGUGUGUAGCCUGUGAGCCUGAUGCGGGGUACUACCUGAAUGCAAUAACAGGAACGUGUGAAACUAAGGUGUGCACCUGUGCAAAUGGUGCCGCCGCGACCGGUGCUGGCUGCCUGAUUCAUGGUC